AUGAUUUUUCUCAUUUUACCCUUAUUUAGGCCAACUGGAUGGGACAGCUGGAAGAAAAUCGGCAUUCUUGAAGAGAAUCUUGUCCAAAUCCGACCAACCGAUUCAUUUCCAGAAGUAAUUCCUCGUCCUCCACCAACUCGAAAGCAGGUUCCAAGGGAGCCCGACAUAAUCGCUCAGGACGAUCAGGUUAAUCAUGGCUCCUAG